AUGAAGACGAGCAAACAGAGUGUCGAAGAAAUCUUCGGACAGAUUGACAGUAUCGACAUCAACUCAAUCGAACUACAUCCUGAUGCGAUCAAAUACCUCGAUACGCUGCAAUCGUAUCUUCAAUGCUUCGAUCAAAUGGAAGAAUUGUACAACCAAGUUGAUCCGAAACAAACACUUGCUAACCAUAAUUUGCCAGACGUUAAUCUUGCCAUCCAACAGCUCUCUGUGAAAAGUGUGCCUGUCCAGAAUCUUGUGGAAUUGUACCAAGUUGCUGAGAUCGUGUUUCCAAUCUUUGCAACAAAAAUCGAGAAAUUGAUAGGAGAAGCAAGGAAAAGAACGGAUCCUAGAGAAUGUGGCAUUCAGCUUCGAUUACCCUCAGGGAAAACCAAGCUCAAGGGGAAGCAGCGUGCUUUAGAAAAGGCAUAUGACGAUUAUUCGAAGAAGGAGCCUGGGCCACCAGAGUCAUGGCUGAAUGACAUUGUUCGAGGAAGUGUGACAUUUGACAGGGCGGAAGAGUUGCUUCGGUUCCUGGAGCUAGUCUGCCUAGACGAUUCAAUUGAAAUAGUAAAGUCAAAGAAUCGUUUUCGGAAUCCGACGCUUUCCGGUUAUCGCGAUUGGAAUUUACAGCUCCAAAUUACGGCAGACGAUGGCAUCAAACACAUUUGCGAGCUUCAGCUGCACCACAAAGCAAUCGAGGAAGCAGAUACAAAGAUUGGAUCACACAAAUUCUAUGAGUUCUUUCGCAAAUUUUAUGCUGGGGCAACAGGUACUCUACAAGGACGUAUAAAUGAUUUGAGGAUGAUAUCAACUGGUGGUUCGUUGAACAUGUCAUAUUUGAAGGAAGUGAUAGCCAGCCCGCUCGAAACAGAUCAUAUGAAGAUGCUUGCGGAUCUAUUUGAGAAUCAUAUCAAUGAUUACCAACUAGCAAUGGUAAUAACGAAUGCCAUUCGAGAUCAAUUUGAACCAGCGGAACUGUACUCAAGAAUGGGAACUCUUUUCUGGAGGCAAGUCAAAAUGAAAGAAGCAACAGUAAUGUACGAAGAGGCUCUACGUAUCCAAUUGCAGGUCAAUGGGCCUGACCACAUAGCUACGGCACAAGCGUACAAUAACAAGGCGAAUGUUUUAUACAGUCAGGGCCAACUGGAGCAGGCAAUGAAUAUGCAUCGACGUGCGCUGUACAAUCAACUAAAAGUAUUUGGUCCAGACCAUGCAAAUACUACAACAACGUACAAUAACAUGGCCAUUAUUCUCCGAAUUCAGGGGAAGCUUGAGGAGGCUUUGGCCUUGUAUCAAGAGACGCUGGAUAUUCGGUUGCGGUCAAUUGGAAAGUUCCAUACCAGAACAGCAAAUACCUACAGCAAUAUGGCGAAUGUAUUGCAAAGUCUGUCCCAAAAGGCAACAAAUAAGCGUGAGAAGAAAGGUAAACUGGAGGAAUCUUUGGAACUGCACCACAAGGCCCUCGAGAUUCGACUUAGGAUACUUGGCACUGAACAUCAUUCGAUAGCAAAUACUUACUUCACAAUGGGAAGUGUGAAACAAGACCAAGGUUUGCUGGAAGAAGCAUUGGCCCUAUAUCAAAGGGCGUUGGUUAUUCGACUGAAGGUAUUUGGAUCCGACCAUGCCGAUACUGCAGAAACAUAUGAUACUAUCGCAAUUGUCCUUCGGAAACAAGGUAAAUUGCAAGAAGCCAUGGCACUGUAUCAGAAGGCUCUGGAAAUUCGACUUAAGGCCAACCACAGAUGUGCAACAAUUUCUUGCAAUGAAAUAAUUGCCAUCUUGCGACGACAACGGAAAGAGAACAGCGGUGAGCCCUUGGUAAGACUGGCAACUUUCAGCUUAACCGAGCACACGCGGCUUCAUAUUCUGGGUGGAUCGAUUGUGGACUAUUCACGAGGGGUCUUUCGGCCGCAAGGAACGGAAAACGUUGAUGGUGAUUCUCCCACACGACCUGCAGCCAUUGUCAAUUGUACAAAUAAACGAUGCUUGGGAGGUGGUCCCGUCGAUAGUGCAAUUAAUCAAGCUGGGGGUGAAUCUCUAAUCAGAGAUCGGCGCAGCAUAGCCUUGCUCCCAAACAGCAAUGCCCGUUGUCAGACAGGAAAGGCUGUUGUGACGGGACCAAACAACUACGGAAACCUUCAGGUGCCCUACGUGAUUCAUGCUGUUGGGCCUGACUAUUCGCGUUGGAAUCCCGAUAUUCCAAAUGUCGAUGAAACAGGCCAGACAAUUCAUCCAUUCCAUGAGCCUGACCGUUUGUUGAAAUCAGCGUUUUCAAACGCUCUGGAGAUUGCUAGGGAGAUUGGAAUCUCUGAGCUUGCGUUUGCCUUGAUUAGUGCUGGGGGCAACAGGGGAGGACGAAGCUUGGAAGAUAUCCUGUCCAUCAGUAUUGAUGGGAUUUGUGAGUGGGUUGAAGACAACAUCCCACUUUCCACCGACUUGCCCCACACGAUCGCAGUUGAAGAUAUAUCUUUAGUGGCAUUUUCAUUUGCGGAAAUGCAAGCAUUGCUGGACGUUUGCCGAGACCGCUUUGACGAGAAGUUCUGCCCACCAGUGGUCUAUCCUUCACGGGUUUCACUUUUUGAAACGAAGGACAAUAAUCUGCAUUGCCCCAUCUCUACAAUGGUGGAAGAACCAGUAGGCAAGAGAAGUGUCGCCGAUAUUCUCAUGCAGAUUGACCAUGUUGAUGUCUCCAAACUUGAGCGUGAUCCCAAAGCGAGCAAACAUGUUGAGACCCUUCAAUCACAUCUAAAAUGUUUUGACCAACUAGAGGUUUUGUACAAUAUUUUCGACUCAAGUCAGAAGCUUGCCAAUUAUUAUAUUUCAUACAUCAGUCUCCCAAUCCAACAACUUUCCCUGCAUGGUGAGCCGGUCAAAAACUUGAUGGAAGUGUAUGAAGUUGCAGAGAUAAUUCUUCCUGUUUUCGUUGCCAAGAUUAAGGAAUUAAUUCAAGUUUGGAAAAGUUUUGAUCCUACAGAUUGUGACAUUCACUUUGAAUUGCCGCCAGGUGACAACAAGCUCAAGAGUAAGCAUCGCGCUUUGGAAAAGGCGAACGAGGAUUAUUCGCAGAAGGAACCUGGGCCACCAGAGUCAUGGCUUUGUGACAUCGUACGAGGAAGUGUAGUUUUUGGCAAUGCUGAACAGCUGCUUCGAUUUCUGGAGCUUGUCCGCCAAGACACUUUGAUUCAAAUUGUAAAGUCAACGAACCAUUUUUGCAACCCGACGCUCUCGGGCUAUCGGGAUUGGAAUUUGAAACUUAGGAUUACCACAAGCAAAGGUCGAACAAAACACACCUGCGAGCUCCAGCUCCACCACAGAGCAAUCAAGGAAGCAGAUGCAAAACUUGGAUCAUACAAGUUCUACGAGUUCCUUCGUGAGUACUAUGCUGAUGCAACAAAUACCGGUAGUCUGAACCAACGACGGGAUGAUUUAGGAAUGAUAUUGAAUGGUAGUUCAUUAGAUAUGGAAUCCUUGGAGAAAGUUGUAGAGAAGCCGGUUGAGACUGAUCGCAUGAAACGGUUAGCGACCCUUUUUGAGCAUCAACUGAACAACUAUCAGCUAGCAAUCGUAAUGACAAAUGCAACCAGAUCAAUUUUGGAACCCACAGAGUUAUAUUCUAGAUUGGGUAAUCUUUUCAUGAAACAAGGCAACUUUGAGAAAGCCAUGGCAAUGUUUGAAAAGGACCUUGAAAUCAUGUUAAGCUGGAAGUCCAAGCAAGCUCUGCAAAUAUUUAAGAAAGACAUUGGAGAAGAUCAUCCAACAUUAUCAUCAAGCUAUCAGAAAAUGGGGGUUUUGCACAUUGCAAAAACAUACAGCAAUAUGGCAAAAGUCCAACAUAGCCAGGGCUGCUACACCAAAGCAUUGAUGCUACACCAAAUGUCGCUGAAAAGUAGAUUGGAAGCAGUUGGUCCUGAGCAUCAUCUGACAGCUUCAACCUAUCAUGACAUGGCAUGUGUCCUACAGAGUCAAUCUAGACUGGAGGGUGCGAUGACGCUAUACCAAAGGGCAUUAGCCGUUUGGUUGAAGACAGUUGGGCCUGACUAUUCUGAUUCAAUACAAAUCUAUACCAGCAUGGCAGCAGUCCAAAACAGUCUGGGGCAGUACAAUAAAGGUCUGGAGCUAUACAGCAAAGCUCUGGAAAUUCAACUGAAGGUCUUUGGACCUGACCAUGAUGCGACAGCCCAGAUAUACAGCAACAUUGCAACUGUUCUUCGAAGAAGCAAUCAGAAUGAAGAGGCAAUCAGAAUGUAUCAGACUUCCCUUGAAAUUCGAUUGAAUGAUAGGUGGAAGCAUCGUUCCAAUACAACGGCAAUCAGCUUUGAAAUUGUUGGCCUCCUGGCGCGACAACAAAAGCUGAGCGGCGCCACCCCGUUGGCAAGAUUGAUGACAUACGCCAUAUCCAGAAAAGCGCGCCUUCAUAUUUUGGGCGGAUCCGUUAUUGACUAUUCACCUGGGAUUUUUCGGCCGCAUGACAACAUUGGUGAGAGCAGCGUGCUAAGAGAUUCUUGCACAGAGUUAAAGACAAGACGAGCCGUCGCAAUCGUCAAUGCUACAAAUGAAGCUUGCCUUGGGGGCUGUGGGCUAGAUGCGGCCAUAAAUAAAGCUGGAGGUCUCUCAAUGAUCAAAGAUCGUUACAAUCUGAAGGUAUUACUUGACGGCCGUACGCGGUGUCAAACAGGAAGUGCUGUUUUGACAGGACCUAACAACUACGGAAACCUUCACGUGCCAAAUGUGAUUCACACUGUUGGGCCUAUCUAUUGGGAGUGGGACAGGAAAAUGCCAAAUCGUUCUAAUGAAGGAAGUGAUGUUAUGAAUCCUUUCCAAGCUGCUGAUCAUCUGUUGAAAUCCGCAUACACAAGCUCUUUACAGGUUGCCAAAGAACAUGGCAUAUCUGAGCUUGCUUUUUCUUUGAUUUGCGCUGGAUUGAAUCGUGGGGAAAGAAGCUUGGAAGAUGUCUUGUCUAUUGCCGUCGCUGGGAUAUGUGACUGGGUACAAGACAACACAGCGGUUGCAACAAACUCGCGCAACAGUGUCGUAGUUGAAGAUAUAUCGCUAGUGGCAUAUACAAUCGAGGAAAUGCGAACACUGCUAGAUGUCUGCCAGCGUCACUUCUCAGCCCCUGAAGAAAGCUAUCGCCCAGCAGCUGACUUGAAGCUUGAUUCCCGGAAACCGUCUGAAUUUUUGAAUGAAACCGACAUGACUUGA